UUCAACACUGAGGCAAAAUAUGAUUUUUGUUAAACAAUGGUAGAUACUGUUUUUUAUUUCAAUAGUUCCGAAAAAUAAUUUUGGACUCUCGCGCAGUCGCCGGUGACAUCGCGCGAUGUUUUUAGUGCUAUGGCGUACCAGGAAGGGGAGUCGCUUGAAUCCUGGCUCAAUAAAGCCACCCAUCCAACAAACAGACAGGAGGACUGGGAGUACAUCAUUGGCUUCUGUGAUCAGAUCAACAAGGAACUGGAAGGUCCUCAGAUCGCUGUAACUCUACUCGUCCACAAAAUCCACUCACCACAAGAAUGGGAAGCUCUUCAGGCUCUGACCGUAUUGGAGGCGUGUAUGAAGAACUGCGGGAGAAGGUUUCAUAAUGAAGUUGGAAAAUAUAGAUUUUUAAAUGAGCUGAUUAAAGUCGUGUCACCAAAGUACAUGGGUGGCAGCGCGCCUGAGAAAGUGAAGAUGAAGAUUGUAGAGAUGCUGUACAGCUGGACGGUGGCAUUUCCAAAUGAAACCAAGAUCAGCGAAGCCUACCAGACGCUGAGAAGGCAGGGCCUCGUGACACGGGACCCAGAGUUACCGCUGGACAGGACUCUGAUUCCUUCUCCUCCGACACGCCCUAAACAUCCAGUGUUUGACAAUGAGGACAUGGGCAAGGUGAGAGAUCUGCUUGCUGAGCUUCUCCGGAGUAAAAAUCCAGAGGACCUGCAGGAAGCCAACAGACUAAUCAAAAACAUGGUGAAAGAGGAUGAAGCACGAGUACACAAGGUCACAAAGCGUAUACACACGCUGGAGGAGGUGAACAUCAAUGUCAAGUUGCUGACGGAGAUGCUGUCCCACUACAAUAAAGACAGCUCCACUGACUCAGACAAGGAGAUCAUUAAGGACCUCUACGGGCGUUGUGACAAGCUGAGGCGUGCUGCUUUCAAAAUGGCCACUGAGACGGAGGACAACGACGGCAGUUUAGGUGACAUCCUGCAGGCCAGCGAUGACCUCUCCAGGGUCAUCAACUCCUAUAAGAAGAUUGUUGAGGGGCAGCCCAUUAACGGUGACAGUGAGGAACCCACAGCUGGUCACAGUGAGAGUGAGACAACAGAGACGCUGAUCGACCUCGCCGGCCUUGACACUCCGAGUCCCCCUCAACCUGCUGCCCCUCCCUCCCAGCCCUCAAAUCCUGUCUCCACCAAUCCCAUGGCUUCCUCUAUCCCUGUCCUACCUCCUCCUCCCAAACGCCUAGCCGGCUCCCAUGGCAGUCAGAGCAACAGCCCGAGUCACCCCCCCCUCGACAAGGCCUCGGCCGCGCUCUCUCUCCUCGAUGAUGAGCUGCUGUCUCUAGGACUGAACGACCCCCCUACCUUUCUGAGCAGCCAGUCAAAACCUAAGCUGAGCGAACUGUCCAAUCAGUGGACGUCCUUGCAGGCUCCAGCUUCAAGUGUGGAUAUGUUUGGCAGCCUAGCUUUUUCUGGUCCAGUGGUGCCCCCAGCUGAACCAGCUGCUGCCACACACAGUCUCCAGAACCUGCAGGACCUGGCCUUGAUGGGCUUUUCAGAUCUCAAGUGUUUGUCCAGCCAGAUGACGGCCAGAGGAAGCAGCUUUGGAACGCCUGCAGCAGCACCUCCCCUCGUACCGGGGCAGUGUUCUCCUUCCUCAACCUCUUUUCUCCAGGGCACAAUGCCCAGCUCCCCCGCUCUGUCCCACGCCAAGGCCCAGAGCCUGGGCUCGGCCCCGGGCAGCCCUCUGUUCCGCUCUCUGUCCCCCUGCCACCCUCCCCUCCAGGGAAGCCCGGCCAGACCCACAGACACCUCCCUGAGCAAUGUGCACGUCCCUCUGGAGGCCAUCAGACCGAGUAAAGUGCUGCCUGUGACGGCCUACGAUAAGGACGGUGUUCGCAUGCUCCUCAACUUUGCAUCUGACUGUCCCCCAGGCAGGCCCGACGUGUUGGUAAUGGUGGUGUCCAUGCUUAAUACAGCGCCCCUGCCUGUUUACAAUGUUGUACUGCAAGCUGCUGUUCCCAAGUCAAUGAAGGUGAAGCUGCAGCCUCCAUCAGGAACAGAACUGGCACCAUUUAACCCUAUCCAGCCUCCAGCCUCCAUUACCCAGAUCAUGUUGCUGGCCAAUCCAACAAAGGAGAAGGUGCGUCUGCGCUACAAGCUGGCUUUCACACUAGGAGACCGUCCGUGCAACGAGGUUGGAGAGGUCGAUCAGUUCCCCCCACAAGAGACAUGGGGUCAUCUAUAGCAAUGCGCAGGCCUGCUACCAGUCAGCAGGGACAGACCAGUUCAUGCUCCAUGAAGGGGUGUGAGUGUGUGCGUUCACAUCCAUCCCAGAGAGAAAGGAGGGGAAAUUCAGCUGCACUCUACCUUUCAGCUUCACAUUCCUUAUAGUUGUUCUUUUGUUUGGCCAUUGUUAUUACUGGCAGUGAGAAGCAAACAGCAGACACUAAAGUUUUAUUUACUCAGUGCUUGUGUACCUUUCUGCAGAUAGCUAACAAACUAAAGAUAUACACUGACACGUAAGACAGCCAUGGUGUUUACAGGUUGACAGUAUUGAGAAAAAUAUUUUAAUGGAUUUCCCCCAAGAUAAAUAUAACAGAUGUGAAUGUAUAUAAAUCAUCAGUGCAUUAGAGCUCAGCCUCAGACUGGACAGACAGGAUGCACUGCAGGAUAACAAAGUAUUACAAAAAGAAAUGAACCGCUAAGCUAACAGAGCCUAAGAGACAAACUCUUUUAUUUAUUCUUCUGGCUGAGCAGUGUCUUAGCCCAUGGAAAAUAUACUUGAAAAUAUCCAGAAAUGUGGAAAUGGGAUCUGGUAGAGUUAAACUGGAAAAUAUCUGUUAAAGUAAAAAGUACUGUCACAUAGUCAUUGCUGCAGGAAGAUAGUUGACUGUAAUGUGAUUAUUUCAUCCAUUGUGAUUUUUGACGUAAAGGUCCAGUGUGUAAUAUUUAGGAGGAUCUAUUGACAGACAUGAAAUACAAUAUACAUAACUAUGUUUACAGCGGUGUAUAAAGACCAUACAUAAUGAAUCGUUAUGUUUUAUUACCUUAGAAUGAGCCAUUUCUAUCUACAUAAACCGCAGGUCCUCUUACAUGGAGGUCGCCAUGUUGUGCCGCCAUGUUUCUACAGAAGCCUUAAUGUACAAACAGCGCUGCAGAGCACGUUUCAUCACUACGCUGAAUACAUACAAAGAAGAAGUAGUAGUAGUAGUGGUGGUGGUGGUGGUGGUGAUCUGGUUUAUUAGAAGUAAGAAGAGAAAUUUGCACAGAUGGAGGCCCACACAUUAUUUAGCACAGGAGCAGACAUCAUGUCAGCCACCGUUUCGUCUGCGCGCUUGGAGUGGUGAGCAGCGACUGAUGGUGUAUUUGUGUUUUUACUCCUUAAAUCUUUAUUGCAAAAAGAGAAAUAAAGUGUACAUGGGACAUUAAGAAGUACACAGAACUUUGAUUAGUGCAAAAUCACGUGUUGCAUUUACAUAUUUUAUACAGUUAUAUUGUUUAUACAGUUAGUUUGCUGUCCAUGUAGAGUGAACUAGCUGUCUGCGUGUUUAUACGCUCUGAUAAUGCUAAUCCAACACAUCUUUGGAGUAGCAUCCAUGUUGAUUCCACAUUCCGACUUAAGAGCACAUGAACACUCUGAAAUCGGAAAAAAUGGGACCAUCCGAGGUGCAUGUGAAUGCACCAUGAGCCACAGGUUGCAAUUCAUAACACUCACCACUAGAUGCCACUAAAGGUUACACACUGAACCUUUGAGUAACUAGUUUAUUUAGCCUCGUUUUAGAUUAAUGGACCGACAAUGUUGAAUUUUGUGCUGUAAAGGCAGCAAACUGCACUUUACAUGGUUAUUAUUAUUAUGUCGUUAUGACUUGAGUCUGCAGAGGCCAACUCUGGCUUUAUUUCGUGGAUUAGUUUGUUUUCUGUUGAAAAAUUAAUAAAGGCGAUUUGCACAGGUUUUCAGCAUUUCAGUCAUGGAUUUAGCAGUGGGUAUCCAUGUUCACAUAUUUACCAGUGUCAGUAUUGGAGUAUUUUUGUCACACUUAUUAUUUCCUGUUUUAGUGUUUCAGUGCAUCACUGAACCUAGAAAAUGUGAACUGAAAAAUCGGAAUUUAAAUUUGGUAGCUGGAAAGGGAAAUCUGUCAACAGGCGGGUAACUUUGCAGCGUGAUAGUGGAACUGUCACACUUUCAUGAAUCAGUCCAACCGAUGAUCCCUUAGGUCCCUUUCUCUGGUAGUCCUCAACUCGUCGUUAUGUGGGAUGUAGAGAACAGUGUGUGUUUAAUGUACAUAGUAUGUAAUGUACCUAUCGUUUGUUGUGUGACAAGUUAUGUGAACAUGUGACGUGUAGAUUUCGAGAGAGUGUUAGGUUUGUACAUACUGUAUGAUGUGCCAUGUGUUUGCUGCAUGAAAAAAAUAAAUAUUUCUUUCAGUUGA